UUACUCUUAAAAUAUAUUUGCAGUAAAAAGUUUUCAAUUUCCUUUGCCCUUUUACGCGAAAAUUGCUUUCCCAUAGUCAGCAGCAAUAGAAAAUGCUUCUGAGCAACACACCGUCACAGCCACAUCAACAAAACCAAUCAACAUCAACAACAACGACGCAAACGAAAUGUCAACAACAGGAGAAUCACCAGCAGCAGCAUAGCCAGCAGGAUAUCAGAAUUUUCCAAAAUAACAACAACAACUACUACUUUAAUCAUAACGAUAAGCAAAAUCUGAAUUAUUCGCCCAACAAGCUGACACAGCAGCUCCCGACAUCCACAACAGCGACAGCAACGGGCACCACCACCGACGCUGCUGUGGCCGCAGCCGCUGCAGCAGCCACAUUGUUGUUCAAACAAACUGGAGCAUUCGCAUUAACUGCCACCGCAGCUGAAAGAGCAGCAGCAGCAGCACAAGCAGCAUCAGCCACAGCGACAACAACAAAUAUCCUCAACAGUAAUUCCUGUGUCAGCGCCACGGAUUUCUCAAUUGCUGCGAUAAUGGCGCGAGGCGCAAAUGCCUCGAGCCGUGAACCAUCCGAAAGGAGUUUGAGCCCGGUUUCCGUGGAGCGUUACCCCGAUCCCGACGAUGAUGUCGAUGUGGAUGUCGUCGAUUGCAGUGACUCUGAAUCACAGUCGGCGCGUCCAAUGCGUGGGCAUCAUCGCCAUCAAUUACAACAACAGCAACAAUCACAAACGCAUCACAAAUUGCAACGGCAUCACCACCACAACCAGAUUCAUCUCAAUCAUAGCACCAGCAGCAAUACAAAUGGGAGCACCAGCCUUGGCGCUGGUGGUCAACAGCAUUCGAGUCGCAGCUGUAGUCGGGGGCGCGCCUCGCCACACAGUCCUAGCAGCCCUACUGCGAACGACGAGGACCGCCUGUCGCCGGAGCCACCGCAGUCCGCGCCGAAAAUUGUUGGCUCUUGUAACUGUGAUGAGUUGCUGCCGGUGCAAUGUCACCUGGAGACGAAGGAGUUGUGGGAUAAAUUUCAUGAAUUGGGCACAGAGAUGAUUAUAACGAAGACGGGGAGAGGAGCAGUUGUAAAUGUGCCUAUAUCAGUGGUCGAGACAGUGACCGCUCUUCCUCGCAGAUUUGAAGACACUCACGUUGUCCAAGUUCUUCUGAAACGUCGCUUGGAGUAUAAUCAUAGUUUUAUAACGGAAACUAUAAGGCCAUCGAAAGUAAUAGCAGCAUUACAGUGCCUUAUGACAACGGAACUAUACCGCUUGCACAAUAUUCAGGCAUCUGGAGGAUGGUUGGCAGACGUUCGGAACCAUGAAUCAGUGCCUUUUAUCGCCGAUCCGGCAGAUGAGCAUAUCGUCAGAGAUUUGCAGACGCGCCAUGAGGUAAAUGUUGGAAUCGAGCUAAUCGGAGAAGAUGAGAUAAAUCCAGGUGGUCAAGAAACACUUUUGGAUAACGAGCUCAUCGAAAACCUACAUUAG